GGAUGGAAUAAAAUCACUGAGUCUACGGGAGGGUAGUCCAGUCAGUCCAAGCUAGUCAGUCGACUGAGCGACGCAGGUCGGCGACGCUCGAUCGUUGUCGACUACCAUCUCUAUCGACUUUAUUUUCGAGCCAUAAAACCGUUUGCAGAGGGUAGCUGAGACAAGAGGGGAUUAGUGAUCAUGCGUGCGUAGGGGAGCAAUCUCGCGUCGAGCACGAUGCCGCGAAAACUCUCGCCUCGAGCGACCUUACGACGACGACCAGGAUUAUGAUUGCAUUAUAAACACUCGCAUCAACAAAGCGUGACGCUUUCGCAAGGAAAAAAGAAAUAUCGGGGCUAAUCUCCUUGAGUCUCCUAAUCCAUCCAGUGUUCUUCGGCGAAGGACGCGUUAUCUCUGGUGGAAAGAAUUUCCACCGGUACAAUUGAGCAGGAAGGAAGCGGAAAACGAGAAAAGCUCCUCUGGCAAGCCGCUACUCUCAUCUAAUGUAGCGAAGACAAACAAAGCGUCCCUUCCAGAUAUUAUCGACGAUAGACGUAUGUACGUAUUCAUCACGAAGAAUUCAAAGAGCUAAUCUUGCAAAGCGACAACUUUAUUGCGCGAGGAAAAAAUCCAAAUGAAAUAUUUUAGCAAUGAGUUUAAUCGCGGAAAGAAUUGUUCGAUUUACAAGUCCGAGGAGAAACGUUAAUUAUAAUCCGUGUCAAGAUUGCGAGCAAGUGAUAAGUGUUCGCGGAUAAACAUUCGGCGAGUAAAGUAAUUAAAUCGUCAGUUCAAAAAUUAAGUGUGAAGAGCAAAAUGAAACUUGGCAACCGCCGUCGACCAAUCCUAUUAAAGAGCGCUUAAUGAGCGCGUGAACGCGCAGAAGAAAGGACAGUCUAUGAAAUGAAGCUCGGAGAUAACAUGACCAUGGAAGCUUGCAACGUAUGGAGUGACGUCACGCCGCGAAAAUAUCGACCACCGCGAAUUGGUGACAUUCCAAAACGCAGUGCGAUCGAUCGCCCUUCUCCUUCGGAUUCACUCCCUUAUAUCUCGAGGCAGACAAAGAUUUUGCCAUCGGAAUCCGUAUUAUCGGAUGUACCUAGUUCGUCGAAAGUGCUAUCGAGCCCGGAAUAUAUCCAGGAAGUACGCAAAGACAGCGCAUUGUACCUUGAAGAAGUAGAAGAAACGCUGAAGUCGACUUUGAAACCGACUUACACGGAUGUCCGAAGACAGAGCAGCGGCUACGUGAGCCCUCGAGGCAGCUUCGACGAUAAUAGAAGCUCGACAACGAACGGUGACACGCAGCCGCAGGACCUAUUGCCAAAGGAAAGACGUGUAUCGAGAACGAAAGCCUUGAUUAAGAACCUUGCUUAUAGGGUAGAAGAGAGCAUUGAAGAGCAGGAGCUGACCGCAGAUACAUCGGAAAAAAAAAUGCCAACGACAGAGAUACAUAGAAAAGUAUCGAGCUCCGGCCUCGACAUGCCUAGCAUCGAGGAGAUGAAGGAAGUCCUCAAGGAAAAGACGCUGCCCCGACAAGAGAAUCCCGAGAGUAACGAGUUAACAGAGAAUGUCGUCAAAUUGCAACUGACCUCCUCGUGCAAGGAUCUUUCGCAUGAAAGCGGCGGGAGUAUGCGGGAGAUGGAUGAGGCAGCUAGAGUCCAGCAAGUGAUCGACACAACUGGAUUGAGUGAUUCUAAGAGUGCCCCGAAUACAAAUGUGGCAACCGCUAUUGCCGCGGACAGUAGUCGAAUAAUAGAUACGAAAAAAUUAUCCUUGUCCGGUGAGGCAGGAUCGAAGCAACGAUUGCCCAGGGAAACUGUCAACGUCACGGAUAAGCCCAUUCCCCCUCGCUAUCCCUACAGCACUCCUCAAGGAUCACCCAGGAUGCGCAACAGAGUACUCAAUAGAGAGCACUCCGUUGGAGCCAACACGUGCAACUUUAUCGAUAACCAACAUGACAGUCAACAAUUGAAUCAAUAUAAAGUGUUGGAUGAAAUCGGAAAGGGCUCUUUCGGUGUCGUGAAGAAGGUCUACAAUGAGGAAGACGGAGUGCAUUAUGCCAUGAAAAUAGUUAGCAAGAGGAAAUUGAUGAAGAAAACAGGGAUAUUUGGUAAAAUACCACCCCGCAGGGCGGGCGCCGAUCCAUUGGCGAAAGUUUACAAGGAGAUUGCUAUCCUGAAAAAACUCGAUCACCCUAAUGUCGUGAAAUUGGUCGAAGUACUCGACCAUCCUGAUAAGGACAAUCUCUACUUGGUCUUCGAACUGGUUCACAGAGGCGAAAUCCUCGUUAUACCCACUGAAAAUCCUCUGACAGAGGAAAUAGCCAGGCGUUACUUUCGCGACGUCGUCAUGGGAGUCGAAUAUUUGCAUUACCAGAAGAUAGUGCACCGUGACAUAAAGCCAAGCAAUCUACUGGUGGACAGAGACGACAGAAUUAAAAUUGCUGACUUAGGAGUCAGCACGGAAUUAAGAGAACCUGGAGAAUUAUUAUCAGGGAAAGCUGGCACACCGGCCUUCGCGGCGCCAGAAACAUCAAUUGCUAACGCACAGUACUCAGGACCACCCUGCGAUGUAUGGUCAAUGGGAGUCACGUUGUACGCGCUUGUCGCCGGACAUCUGCCCUGGAAUGAAUCCGAUGGCAGAGCCAUUCAUGAAAUCGUUCGUAAUGAACCGCUCGUAUUUCCUUCGCAUCGCAUGUCUCUCGAUAUGCGCGAUCUGAUCGAACGGAUGCUGGAUAAAGUGCCGGAAAGCAGGAUCACGAUCUCGGAGAUGAAGCAGCACUCGUGGCUGACUAAUAAUUCAACCGAACCACUGCCGAGCGAGGCCGAUAACUGUCGCGUACCCGUCACCGUCACCGAGGAAGAAGUCAUAAGACUCGGCACCUUGCUUAUGGUGAAGAAUAUGCUGAAACAGCAUAGUUUUCAGAAUCCAUUCUUGCCUAAGCGACUCGGACGAACGGCGAACAAUGAUACGCAAUCACCGGCGAGCGGACAAGAAAGCGCCGUAUCUUCUUCACUGCGACACGAUGCGACGAGAGACGCGAAGACAGAACGUUUUCACGAGAGCGGGAGAAGCAAUUCCGCGCCGGACUCCUAUGAUUGGCACACAAGCGGCAGACAAAUGUCGAUGGAAAAUCCCUUGUCGCCAGUGACAGAAGCCGAGAGAAGGCAAUGACGUUAUCAGUAGAAGUAGCUCAAAACAAGGAAGCACACAUACCGAUCCUUAGAUAACAGGUCAACGUUAAACGGAAAUGAUCAUCGAUCUAUCGACCGCGACGUCAAAAGGCGAAUUUGUCAAACGAACCAACGAAAACUUAAUCUUCCAAAGGAACGUCGUUAUCGAUUCCACUCUCAUUACUUUUAUCGUUAGAACCGUGCAACGUUACCUUCAGUUUUUUUGCAAAAAGCUCUAGAGUUAUCUACGUUAGCUCAAGAGUUAUUUACGUCCAAACCGGCGAGGCUGAAACAGCGGAUCAAAGUGCUUGUUGGAAAUGUUUUUCCGUUAGAUCUCAAAAUUUUUAUAUGAAUAAAAAUAUAAUAUUGCGGUUCAACGAUCUAUAUUAUAUUACAAUGAUAGAGUCAGUAAUCAUAUCUCUGACUAUUGUUGGUUGAUGAUGUACAUGAUGGUGUUAUUUAUAAUUAAUAACCGCACAUAAAUAGUAAAACAUUAUAUAUAUAAAACUCUUAAAAAACAUAAGAGACGGAGCUAUUAUUACGUUUACGUGUAUUUCGCUAUUGACUGCCAAUGUUGUCUACGAAAUGGAAUCUGGUGAAUUUUAAUGAUUACAAAGUGGUGUCAUUAAAUAAUCAAUUACGAUAUUGUUUUCUUUUCUGUUGCUUUUUAUCUAAAGCAAUUCCUAUGAAUAAUAUUUGUAUAAAAAAAAUUUUUAUAAAUAAUAAAAAAUUAACAGAGUAGUGCUAUAAUAUCAUUGCGGCAAUUUCUCAGAGAUUGAAGAAACUAUUAAAUAUUUAUGCACCAUUUUGUUUAAUAAUGUAUAUACACGUAUAACGAGAUAAUAUAAAAUGUGAUUUAUCUAAUCUCAAAUUAUUAUAUAUAACGAGAAAUUGAAUUUUGCGAUGUAAAUUACGAUUUAAUCGAAAAGUUGAUGGUACAAGAGUAUUCUUAUCACAUGAUAAAUCACGAUAAAUUUCAUCGUCACGUGUGUAUAAAAAAUAAAAUCGUGAAAGAUAACAAGUGGAUAAUGCAUCUAAUGCAGUGAUCCGAUAUAAUGCCUCGCCGGAUUUAACAUUCCAUUAAUAUCGUAAGAAAAGCAUUUUUAAAUAACUUCAAAAUUUAAUGCUAUAUAUCCUCUGCCAAUCUAGUAUUAGAAAGAGAAUCUCAUCGUAAAAACAUUCUGUUUUUAAUAUAUUAUCACAGCAAUGUAAAAAACCAAAAGUAUAUAUAUAUAUAUAUAUAUAUAUAUAUAUAUAUAUAUACAGAUGUCAUAGUACGAAUAAUGUGUUUGAUAUGAUAUGUCUUCUACAAUAUUUUUCCUUCCUUUUUUAAUAAAUCUGGUUUUGAUUUCGCUUGUUGCUACAUUUGACUUCAAUGUUAAAUGUUAAAAUCUAAAAUGAAUUUUACAAACGCUCGACUUAUCAAACUCUCACGUCAACUCAAAUAACAUGAUACGAAAAGACAGAAUAUUUCAUGUCUGCAAUCACAAUAUGGAUGGAAUUUAUAAUAAUUUUGUAAAAAGAUAUUCACAUGUACUGUAAGAAAAUAAACAAUAUGAUAAAUCUACGAAUUAAAUAUAACUGAACUUAUGAACAUAUUAUAUCAAACAGGAAUUAGUUAAAAUAUAAGACAAAAUAUUUAAUUACAAUUUAAACAAAAUAAAGAAACUAUAUUUACAGCUAAGAAUUUUAUUAAAAAUAGCAUUUCUAAAAUGUAUAAAAACAAUUUUAACCGUUGUGAUAUAUUUCUGAAUGUAGCUAAUUAAAUUCUCUUCUAAGCUAGGUUGGCAGAUUCGAUCAAAUUUAAAAAGAAGUAAUUAACUAUAGUUCCAAGAAAAAUGAGUAAAAUCUCUACGUGAGUAAUCUUUUUUUAACCAUACAGUUAAUUUGUAAUUUACAUGAGCACCGGAAGAAUGUCUUGUAACAAAUUAAUUCCAGAGAGCUCAUUAAAAUUAUAAUAUUAUUUUACAAAUAAAAAUCAUAUAAUCAACUAAAUUUUUUAAUUAAUUGUACAUGUAAUAGUUAUAUAAUUAUGUCAUAUAUACAAAAAAAUUAUGUAAUUAUAUUUUUUAUAUAUAUUAAUACUUUUAGUUUUAAGUGUGUAAACCUUUUUAUUUAAUUAUAUAUUUUAUGAAUUUUAUAAUAUUCUAUUUUAAAUAAUUUGUUAUAAUUAUAUUUAAUUACUUCAUGAUCUCUCUCAUUUUGCGCAAUAUAAUGAUUUUUCUCAGGUUGAGAUUUUCGAAACCAUUCUUCCGUUACUUGUGUGCAAAACGUACGUAUGUCACAUAUGUUCGCAAAAAUAGAACAUAUUGCAUUUUUUAAAUUAUCGUGAUAAAUCUUGUAUGUUUACAAACUUCUGUAUAUAACAAUAUGUUUCCAUUGAAGUUUUUUCUGCCGCAAUCACGUGACGAGAAAACCGCUCACAUGCCCACGAUUUUAACGUCGAUAUAAAUGUCAAAUUUUUGCAAUUCACUUGUCCCGAUUUACAAGCCGCGUAGGUUGUAUAGAUUGUACAUAGAUGUAAAGGUGUACGUAUAUUGUAUUCAGAUUUUGUAUGUAUAAUACUCAUAUUUUUUAAAUAUAUAGGCUCGCAAAUAAAAGUCCGCAAUACAACGACGCUCUUUUUAGGUUCAUGCUAUUAGAUUAUAUAAAUUUAUAUAAAUUAUUUCUUUUUUUUUUAUAUAACAAUACACUUUGUAGACUUUAUUAAUGAUAAAAUUUUUAAUUUAAAAUUUUUUAAUUUAAAAUUUUUAUUUGAUGAAUUACAAUAUCUAAAUAAAUUUUUAUUUGAAAUUUUAUUAAAAUGGAAUUUUAUUGCAAUUAAUAAUAUUGCAAAAUUUAUUUUUUAUUCUACAUUCAAAUAAAAAUUUGUUUUUAAUUAUAAAUAUAAUAUCUGAUAAUUAUACUUAAAAAAGAGAGAUUUAAAAAAUUUCUAUUUAGGAAUUCUUUGCAUACAUAAAAAUCUUUAAUAAAGGAUCAAUUUUAAUUGGAAUUAUCUCUUAAUAUAAAGACUUUGAUGUUAAAAAAUGAGUGAUUAACAAAUGAUUGAAUUCAUAAAAUCUAUUAUAUUCGAAGUUUUAUAUAAUUUCCAUUGUAUGUUAAUGGCGCCAAACGACCAAGAAAACGCAACUAAAGAGAGACUCGUGAUUUUAUUGGACCUUAUUGAGAUACGGGGGACCAUAUAAAACAAAUGUAUGAAUUUAAGAGGUAGAUUUCCAUGCUCACGCAGCGGGCGGUUCGAGAUGCAUCGUAUUCGAGCUUCGCACGCAUCUCAAUUUCAUGCAUACAAUUAUCACAUGGAGACUGCGACGGACUUAUUAGUCGAUAAGGAUAUUUAUCUAAUAUACAAUUCAGCACCCGCAUUUUCAUAAACUUUCAUUUAACCGUGACAAUUUUAGAGUCUAUGCGAACCAACGCAUUCUCCAUAUUAUUGCAUAGGCCAGGGAAUAACGAGCCUUAUGAAAAAAAUGGCGAAUUAACCGUCGAGGGAAAAACAAUAUACAUACACUUCCUAAUAUAUAUUUACAUUUACUAGAUAUACUUGGCGGCUCAUAAGUGAAGAUCUGCAUUACAUCAUUGCGUGAUCAAUUCUAGAUAUGCCUGUCUAAUAAUUCAAAACUUAGACAAGUGUAUUUAAAACUAAAGAAGCAUCGCGAAUAUGGAUCUAGGAAUCCUUCCAGAACUAUAGAUAAAGUGUCUAUUGAUAGCAAAUACGCUAAAAUCCUUGUUAUAUGUAUUAUUACAUUAUAAUUAAUGUAACGAUAAAUCUAUAUAAUUUUUUAUAUACUGUUAAGUAAAAUAUAAUUUAUUAAUCUGACAUCUCUCGUUAAAUGAAUUAAAGUAAUCUAUAUGUAUAUUGAAUUUUUAUGAUUUUGACAUUUUUAUAUUAGAGUGUAUCUAAUUUUUAAUUUUCAAAUUAAAAAAUUAAUUACUAUUUUAUUAUAAAUAAAUUUAAUUCUUACUUUCUCUCAGAGAAUAAAUUAUAACAAAUAAUAGUAAAAUUAAAUAAAUAAUAAUAAAAUUUAAUUUUUUAUAGGAAAAAAAUUAAUUAAUAGAUAGAUAUACUUUGAUGCAAUUUGCUAUCAGUGGACAUUUUCCGAAUUGUUACGGGUAUAUAAUUAUUGUUAUUUAAACGAUUCUAUAUAUGCACACACUCGCAAGUGCAUCUCACUUCGCAUUGCGUUAUCUUUAUCACCGAUUGCACAAGAUAUUUUAUACUCUCUAUUAGAUACGCACUAAAAAUCGCUAUUUCUUAAUCUCGUUGUAAAAAAAAAAAUAAGGUAUAGUGUACACUUUAUGUCGGCUAAAUGCAUUUAAUAUAUUAUUGAACAACUUAGAUGACGAAUCUCUGCACUUGAUAAUAUCACGACCAAAAACGAUGCUCAAUCGAGGCAUUAAUGGCUGAUUUAAAGAAAAUUUGAUUUUACUCGACAAUCAAUAUAUAUUACUCGAUAUAUAUAUAUACGCGUGUAUAUUAAUUGUAAUAUACACGAUAACAUACAUAUUAUUUCAAUAUUUCUAUUCUCACUCUAGUCACGAAAUCUUUUCGUUAUCAAUUUUCGAAAAAGUUCUUGACUCUAGGAAUUAUAUUUGUAGGAAUUUGAAAAAAUAAGCACAAUUAGAAUUUUCACUUUCUUAACACUCUCUUAGAUCUUAAACGCUUCGAUUCUCUCUCGUGUUAAAUCCAAAAUUUUACGGAAUAUUUCUUACUAAAUGGUGAGUUGUAUGUUAUUCACUAUUUACAAUUUCAUAGAAUCGCGUUAUAAAAUAUAGCUAAGGAAUCUCGUGCAAUCUAUAUUAAAUUUCUUUCAUUUAAAUACUUGAGAUAUAAUUAAAUUAUGUACAUAUACAUAAUUUGUGAAACAGUGAAUUGUUAACUUUAAUAUUUCAACAUAGAUUGCACGAUAUUGCAAUUAUCGCGCACAAAAUUCCUGAACGGACAUGAUACCAAUAAAAAGCUAUUCUGUAUACUCCGCAAUCCAAAACUAUUACAUUUCAUUUAAAAAAUUGUACUAUCUUACUAUAUUUAUACUAUCUACAAUAAUUCUCUCCGCUGAAUUCGUUUCUAUUUGCGAUCAAUUUUUCGAAAUUAAUCGUGAAAAGAAGAAAUCUUCUUAUGGCACAUUUGUAGUAACUGAAAUAAUGUAAUUGCUCGUCUAUGUAAUAAAUCCUUUUUAUCUUUCCAUUAAUGUCAGUUGCCUUGCAAAACUCGACUCAACCAUUAAAUCUCUCGUGAUUUAUCUCUGAGUGCUACUGUUUUCUCUCUCCCUUAGCCUUUCAUUAAAUCAAUAUAGUCUUUAUAAAAAUUUUAAUACUUAACCCACUUUAACUCACUCUAUUUCUUUCUUUGCUAAUUAAAAUUCUGUACAAUAUAGGUACGAAUAUUGUUCGAUAAUCUCCCUUACUCUAUAUAUAUAUAUGUUCACGAUAUCACGUUACUCUCACGUUAUAGGUAUAUAUUUCAAUUUUUUUCUUUUCUUUAAUUUUUUCUUCUUUCCUUUUAUAUAAACUUUCUUAAAAUAUUCACUUUUAGAGCUACAGAUUUUAAAGCUAAACAUUAUAUAUUUUAGGUUUUAUUUAUAAAUAUGUAUAUUAUAUUUUUUUACACUUGAAAGAAUCUUUACCCUCCAGAAGAUAACGAAACUUCAUUCAUUCAUCCAUUACUUUCUACAUUAUCAAAUCUCUAUAUUAUCAUAUUUGUAAUCAUCAACUGUAAUGAUGACUGAUCUCACAUGAAUCUCAUAUUUUAUAUUAAUGUUAAUUAUCUCCAAAUGUCAAGAAAAAAUUCAGUUGUCCAAAAUGAUUAAAUUAGUUUGAAGAAGAGAGAGAUUACAUGCAUUUUUUUUUCUUUCUUUAUACCGUACCACACUUACAUAUACAUCUAAGUGUUUCAACACAUCAAGAUAAAACGCAAGAUCCAUUCUUGAUUAAGAAGGUGUAACCAGGCUGCGUGAUCUUGUAUAAAAAAAAAAAAUUUGAAAAUAUUCAAAUAUAAAUGUAGCAUGACCGCCAAUGAUCUAGGUAAGCGUAAAAAACUUGCCCGCGUUGCGACCGUUGGAGACGUUCUUAUUGUAAACAUUUGUACUAUAUGAAUAUAUUUUACUUUUGUGUACAUUCUGCCCUUUUGUUAAAUAAAUCACGUUCUGACUACGUCGGAAACAGAAAACUUC